AUGUGAUGCGUUGCUGUUAGCCAUAGCUCAUCCAAACACACCUAUGCUCUAAUAGUUGUUACAUGAUGGACAUGUUGCCCUGCAUCUUGACAGUCUGUACGGCAUACAUUAGGCAUAAGGAUGACACUCAGCAACGUACAACAGCAAUUUCGCUCUUGGUGUAGCCUCGCAAGAUAAGCUGUCUGCCAUCUGAUGCGGUUGUCUACUGUGCGCGGCUGGCCGAUGACCAGCCAUGCGCGGGCAGCUCAAGGUGCGCUUUCGCCGCGAUGUGCUCAUUUGAAAGCUUUCCUCGGCGAACACAAGGACGCAGACAAGGAAUUUCUGGCUGACGGAGCCGCACUCUCAGAGUACGGAGCAGCGGACGGUUUUUACACGCACCGGGCUCUGUGUGAUCGCCCUGGUGGUGAUGAAGGCAAUCAUGGUAGUCAUGUUCAGCCGCAGCCACCAAAAGUUGCCGCAGCGGCUACGAGGGUGCGCCAGCGCGGCCGAGCGCUCGACGCCUCGGUCCGCGCAACUGUGCAACACUACCUCGAGUCGCAGGUUGCCGCAGCGGCUACGAGGGUGCGCCAGCGCGGCCGAGCGCUCGACGCCUCGGUCCGCGCAACUGUGCAACACUACCUCGAGUCGCAGGUUGCCGCAGCGGCUACGAGGGUGCGCCAGCGCGGCCGAGCGCUCGACGCCUCGGUCCGCGCAACUGUGCAACACUACCUCGAGUCGCAGGUUGCCGCAGCGGCUACGAGGGUGCGCCAGCGCGGCCGAGCGCUCGACGCCUCGGUCCGCGCAACUGUGCAACACUACCUCGAGUCGCAGGUUGCCGCAGCGGCUACGAGGGUGCGCCAGCGCGGCCGAGCGCUCAACGCCUCGGUCCGCGCAACUGUGCAACACUACCUCGAGUCGCAGGUUGCCGCAGCGGCUACGAGGGUGCGCCAGCGCGGCCGAGCGCUCGACGCCUCGGUCCGCGCAACUGUGCAACACUACCUCGAGUCGCAGGUUGCCGCAGCGGCUACGAGGGUGCGCCAGCGCGGCCGAGCGCUCGACGCCUCGGUCCGCGCAACUGUGCAACACUACCUCGAGUCGCAGGUUGCCGCAGCGGCUACGAGGGUGCGCCAGCGCGGCCGAGCGCUCGACGCCUCGGUCCGCGCAACUGUGCAACACUACCUCGAGUCGCAGGUUGCCGCAGCGGCUACGAGGGUGCGCCAGCGCGGCCGAGUGCUCGACGCCUCGGGCCGCGCAACUGUGCAACACUACCUCGAGUCGCAGGUUGCCGCAGCGGCUACGAGGGUGCGCCAGCGCGGCCGAGUGCUCGACGCCUCGGUCCGCGCAACUGUGCAACACUACCUCGAGUCGCAGGUUGCCGCAGCGGCUACGAGGGUGCGCCAGCGCGGCCGAGUGCUCGACGCCUCGGUCCGCGCAACUGUGCAACACUACCUCGAGUCGCAGGUUGCCGCAGCGGCUACGAGGGUGCGCCAGCGCGGCCGAGCGCUCAACGCCUCGGUCCGCGCAACUGUGCAACACUACCUCGAGUCGCAGGUUGCCGCAGCGGCUACGAGGGUUGCCGCAGCGGCUACGAGGGUGCGCCAGCGCGGCCGAGUGCUCGACGCCUCGGGCCGCGCAACUGUGCAACACUACCUCGAGUCGCAGGUUGCCGCAGCGGCUACGAGGGUGCGCCAGCGCGGCCGAGCGCUCGACGCCUCGGUCCGCGCAACUGUGCAACACUACCUCGAGUCGCAGGAGGCGCUCGGCAGUGGCGACAACCCGUGCGACAACCUGUACGAGCACGUGUGCUCGGGGUGGCUACCAGCAGCUCUUGGUCAUCAGCACGCACGACCAGAAGGGGACGCUGCUUAA